AUGGACAACGAGGUUCCCCUACCUCCACCACGACGCAUUCGGCACCGUUCGCCAUCGCGCGCGCGUCUGCCAUCCGCAGGCUCGGGUGCGUCCUUUCGGCCUCGUCUUCCACGUUUCGACGAUCAGUCGAGUCAGCCCUCCAGUGACCCCGCAUUGUUCUCAAGCGAUGAUAUCCCUGCCUCCGGUUUAGAAAAUUACAAUGCCCCUGUCUCCAAUGGGACGGGGCGCAAACGUCGAUAUCGUGGGACCUGGUGGGGGGAGCAGGUGAUUGACCCGAAGAGAAAACGGGCCAACUUUAAAGAGAAGCGUCAUCUUGAUAGUGGUGUGUGGAUGGGCAGCGAUGAGUCGGGCGCCGACUCCUUACUUUCCUCCGAUGGGCCGGCAUGGGGGGAGGAUCUGCUGAAGACUACCUUCACAUCGAAACCCCCGCAAGGGCCCUCCUUACUAUCAAGUAAAGUAUCUGCAUCAACGCAAUCGCUCCUCCCUGUGCCGAUCCUGAAGGCACCAGACGAGCCGGAGGAGCACCGUAUUGCCCGUUCUACAGUGCAUAAUUGUCUCGAGAAGGGCGAGGAAACCAUUGAUCUUGGGGAAGCGCCCAUCUCUGAGGAUGCGUACACUUCCCUGCAGCCGUUUCUUAGUAUAUACCUGCCGGGAAAUUCCUUGAUGUUUCUUCCCACUGAGAUUUUCGAGUUGAAAGAUUUGAAAGUGCUUAGCGUACGGAAUAACAAGCUUCGUGAAUUGCCCAGUGCAAUCCGCAAAUUGACGUCUCUGGAAGUUCUGAACAUCGCAGUCAACCAGCUCUCCGAGCUCCCAUGGGAUCUCAUGCGACUUAUGCAAGCGGGGGAGUUGAAGCAUUUCACGGCCCAUCCAAACCCAUUUCCGUCCAUCGAGCACGCGGAAAUUAGAGACGGUGUCGCCAUCGACUCGAUCCCUUUUGACCAUUACAAGAUAGCGCCACUCGACGCAUGGAGUCCUGUGCACGUCGCAACGGGGCCCGUGACCCAGCUAGAUCUAGAGGGCCGGCGUAUUGAGAGCUCAUCGGCGUCAGUCUCGGGACAUUCAAAAUCGGCAGCCCCAUCACUCCGUGAAUUGGCCCUGCGGGCUGUAUCGAAGUUGCCAGAGCUGGAUCUUCUUACUGAUGAAGAACUAGAAGAAUAUCCUGCCUUGCUGAUCCCCUUAAUGCGCCAGGUGAAGAAAAUCCGCGCGUCAGGGAGCCAGCAGUGCUCGGUAUGUCGACGAGAGUUUAUUAUGCCUCGAACAGAGUGGAUUGAGUGGUGGGAUUGCGUACCGCACGAAAACGGGAUGAAACGACCUCGAACUUCGGGCGAAAAACUACGGCCUCUGCCUUUUAAACGUCUUGGAUGCAGUUGGGCCUGUAUUCCAGAAUGUUAA